UUAAGUGGAGAUAAAUGAGGUCUACUUUCCUCGGCGGAAGGAGCGGUAACGAGUGCGGCGGCGAGAGGUGCGCGGGAAAGUUCUGGCGCUAGAAAAGUCAGCGGUUAGGCGGGAGGUUGCUGACUAACGUUGGGCAGGUGCCGUGUCCCCACCAUGGUGAUACUGAGGAGCGGCGCGUCGCUUUGCCUCGACUCCAGCUCGGAAUUCAUCGCCUUGUCAGACGGUGACACCUCGUCUUUCGGCCAGAGAACCCAGGAUUCAUCGAAAUAUUUAUCUGGGAAUGUGGAGGAAAGCAGCAAUGAUAAUUUGUUCUCUGCUUUCAAGAGGAGCAAUCAGUUGCAUCUAACUGACACCUCCUUGGAUUCGAAGUGCAAUGAAAAAAGCACGGAAGAGUCAUGUGAUAAUGGGUUAGAGGAACAGCCAUUUAUCAGACAAUCAGUAAGGCUAAAAGUAAAAGGUAUCAAUAAAGCCCCAGUCAUGUCUUCAAUGAAUAAAGGAAGUGCUUCUCGUGGUGUACAGCGCAAACACCAUACGUUAUCCAUACAAGCUCCCAACACCCGAUCAGUCCAGUGCAGCAGAUCAAAAAUGGAAGUGAAUAGAGAGCAAGAAGGUGGUACUGAUACAGAGGUGCGGCGCAGCUGUCGGCUCCGAAGAAAUCGCUACAAUACUUUAAACCAAUCUGUGCUCUUUGAUAAAUUGAUCACAAACACUGCUGAAGCAGUUUUGCAGAAAAUGGAUGACAUGAAGAAACUGCGUCGUAAGAGAAUGAGAGAAUUGGAGAAUUUAAGAGUACUCAACGAUACAGAAGAAGAAGAAGAGAAUCUGGAUGUGUUUUCAUGUGUGAAAAAGAAAAGAACAACUCAAACAAUAGAUGAAGAAACCUCGGAGGAUCAUGAAGAUGGUAGUGGUGAGGAAAUUGAAGAUAGAGAAGAGGAUGGUGAAGAGGACACGCCAAAGCGCUACUAUUUACGCCAAAGAAAAACUAUUGAGAAAUACCAAGCUCCAGAACCAGAAAGAAAGCAAAGAAUAUUUUAUCACACUCCUGCUUCUUCUGUAAGACCAAGUCGUCGAUAUUGUGCCUCAGGCUCUCGGAAUCCCUACUGCAAGAGUAAAAUAACCAGGCAAAGGCAUGCAUUGCAUAGCAGUGACUCGACCUCCUCCACUUCAUCUUCUGACGAGGAAGUGGAGCACUUUGAGAGAAGAAGAAGCAACAGAAGGAACAGGGCACUUUUGAGAUGUCUCCCACUGAAUCUUAGGAAAGAUGAUGUGAAAGGGAUUCACAAAGAUCGGAUGAAAAUAGGUGCAAGCCUGGCAGACGUAGAUCCAAUGCAAAUUGACACUUCUGUUCGUUUUAAUAGUGUGGGUGGACUUACAAGUCAUAUUGCUGCACUAAAGGAGAUGGUGGUUUUUCCACUGCUUUAUCCUGAAGUCUUCGAGAGGUUUAAGAUUCAGCCGCCAAGAGGCUGCUUAUUCUAUGGUCCUCCUGGGACAGGGAAAACCCUUGUUGCCAGAGCCUUGGCUAAUGAGUGCAGUCAGGGAGACCGGCGAGUAUCCUUCUUCAUGCGAAAGGGUGCAGACUGCCUCAGUAAGUGGGUAGGGGAAUCUGAACGACAACUUCGAUUACUUUUUGAUCAGGCCUAUCUUAUGCGUCCUUCAAUUAUUUUCUUCGAUGAGAUAGACGGCUUGGCUCCUGUUCGUUCUAGCAGACAAGAUCAGAUACAUAGUUCCAUAGUUUCUACCUUGCUGGCAUUGAUGGAUGGUCUGGAUAGCAGAGGUGAGAUUGUGGUGAUUGGGGCAACAAACAGACUGGAUUCCAUUGAUCCUGCCUUAAGAAGACCUGGACGAUUUGAUAGGGAAUUUCUCUUUGGCCUCCCAGACAAAGAUGCCCGAAAAGAAAUUUUGAAAAUCCAUACCAGGGACUGGAACCCAAAACCAUCAGAUGCAUUUCUCCAGGAACUAGCGGAGAAGUGUGUAGGUUAUUGUGGUGCUGAUAUUAAAUCUGUCUGUGCUGAGGCAGCAUUGUGUGCCUUGCGUCGUCGGUACCCCCAGAUUUACGUCACCACUGAGAAAUUGCUCCUAGAUGUAUCUUCCAUUAGCAUCACAGCGCGAGAUUUCGUGAAGGCCAUGCAAAACAUCACCCCCGCCUCUCAGCGGGUGAUGGGUUCUCCUGCAAGGACAUUAGCGUUUGUUGUCAGGCCACUCCUGGAGAACACUUUUUGUAGAAUUCUAGAUGUGUUGAAAAAGAUUUUCCCACAUGCAGAACAAGACUUUAAAGAGAAUGAUGGAUUAAGCCAUAUACUUAAUGAUGGUAUUUACAGUGAUGAUGAAGGUCCAUCUGUUUUUGACAAUGGAGCACAUCAGAUAUAUGAGCAGGAACGUAGUGGAUCUUUCCUCAGUUAUAGCAGGCGUGCUUAUCAUCAACCAACCUCAUACAGACCAAGACUGCUGCUGGCUGGGCUACAAGGUUCAGGUCAGAGUUCUCAUCUUGCUCCUGCCCUGCUUCACAGAUUGGAAAAAUAUGCUGUGCAUACACUAGACCUUCCAGUGUUGUAUGGCAUUAGUACCACAUCACCUGAAGAAACCUGUGCAAUGUUGUUCCGAGAAGCUCGAAAGACAGCCCCAAGUAUAUUAUAUAUCCCUCACAUUGAUCAAUGGUGGGAAUCGGUUGGAGACACCUUAAAAGCUACGUUCAUUUCAUUACUUCAAGAUAUACCCUCAUUUACCCCAAUCCUGCUACUGGCAACAUGUGAUGUUCCACAUAAUGAGCUGGCGGAAGAGGUAAAAGAAUUGUUUGCUCACCAUUCUGGGGAAGUUUUUAAUGUUCCACUUCCAAACUAUGAGGAAAGAAAAAAGUUUUUUGAAGAUCUGAUACUAAAGCAGGCUGCAAAGUCCCCAUCAUCCAAGAGGAGAGCUAUUCUUCAGGCUUUGGAAAUCCUUCCGAUUGCACCACCACCAGAACCACAGCGUCUCUCAGAGGAGGAAGUUAAACGGCUGGAAGAGGAGGAGGAAGCCACUUCACGGGAGCUCAGGCUUUUCCUUCGAGAUGUGACGCACAGACUGGCAAAUGAUAAACGCUUUAGAGCAUUCACCAAGCCUGUUGAUGUGGAGGAGGUUCCAGAUUACUGCAGAGUUAUCAAACAACCAAUGGAUCUCUCGACAGUAAUGUCAAACAUUGAUCUGCACAAAUACAUGACUGCAAAAGAGUAUCUGCAUGACAUAGAGUUGAUCUGCAGUAAUGCAUUGGAGUAUAAUCCGGACAGAGAUCCUGCUGAUCGUAUGAUCAGACACAGAGCCUGUGCUUUGAAAGACACUGCCUAUGCGAUCAUCAAAGCUGAACUCGAUGAAGAAUUUGAAAAACUCUGUGAAGAAAUUCAAGAAUCGCGGAAAAACAGAGGCUGUUACUCUUCCAAAUUUGCACCCACAUUUUAUCAUGUGCUACCAAGGAAUUCAAUGACAGAUAAAAAGUCAGGUCCAGAGCUUUCCUCUCAAAGAAUUACCUUAUCAUCACCAGUAUCUGCAAGCACACCUUCAACUUCAGGUCAUUCAAAGAGGAAAUAUCGUAGAAGAAGAUGGCACCAUGGUUUAUUUGCAAGUAAACGCAAGAGGCUGCCACAAAACACUUCUGAGGAUGCAGAUAGUGAAGAUAUAAUUGAAGGAAAAGAUAAACCACAUGAUUUGAGUGAAGAUAAGACAGACUGCAACAGAGAGAUCUCCCUAGAAACUUCGAAGCAACCUCUUUGUAAUGAAUGCGGCAACAUUAAUUCAACUGAGAAGUUUAUUGAAGAGUAUUCUGACACACUUAUGUCUGCUAGUGAAAGCACAUGCAAGAAGAGAAAGCUUUCUACCAAUGAGACAGAAAUGGAAGAAAAUGUACUGGGUAAUAAUAAUUGUCAUAAAAACAAUCUACUGGAGAUAAAUGAGCACAGGCAAAAGAAGGGAGGCAAUCCAAAUCAUUCUGCAGAUCAUUCUUCUACUCUGCAAAUGACCUGGAAUAAACAAGUUCCUGUGGAACAGCAGCAACAAAUUAAUGUUGAGAAAGCAGUCAAGGUCCUAUCUGAACAAACUCCUCCUUUAAUUGUAGAUCACAAAAGGCUAAUGGACCUCUGGAAACAGAUUACUCUGAAAAGUGAACAAUGCACUGUAACUCACCUUGAAAAGUUGUAUGCUGUGCUCAGUCAAUGCAUCUAUUAUCAUCGUAAGGAGUUUGAUAAGACGAUGUUAAUACACGAAAUGGAAAAUGAAGUGAGGAAAUUAUGUCAGUCUUAAGCACUUGAAAUGUGAAUGGAUUUUGAAUUGUUUCCAGUUUUUGGACUUUUUUUCCAUAUAUAUAUAUAUAUAUAUAUAAUACACACACACAUACAUAUACACACAUACAUAAUGUUAAUGCUGUAACAAUUUAAAGCUAUUCUCAUUUAUUAACCAAAAAGUUGUAUUUUAAUGUAAAUAGUUUUUUCAGCAAAAAUGAUAAGGAGUACAUUUUUUGCCACAUGUUUCUCAUUAGCUUUUGUAAUUUGUAUAAAAUAAAAUUUGAUGAAAUGACCUGGGACAUCUAUCAAUGUUGUAAAUUAGUCAGAAUUACCAGUUCAGAAGCAGGCGCAUUGACAGCUGACCAAGUCUCUACUAUCUAUACUGGGGUUCCCAACCUUAUGCCAUGGACCAAUACCAUUAAGCAAGUAGUCUGUGGACCCAAGGCAGGGAACAUCUGCUCUAUACUAAUUCCAUUUCUCAGUACUUAGUCCCUAACCAAGUCCUUGCCUAGAUGAUUAACUGUUCAAAGAUUACCUGCCUCUACCAUCACCUCAGGGAGCACAUUCCAGAUUGUAACCAUUCUCUGGAAGGGGGAUGAAAAUUUCCCUCAUAAGCCCUCUAGUCUUAGAUACUUGUAUACAAUUUGGUCUACAUUAGAAAUGGGAAUUGGAUCACCCAUAAGAAUUUAUGUAAGGGGUUUCAACCCAAAAUGUGAACUGUACUUUCAAUAGGUGCUGCCUGACCUGCUGAGUUCCUCCAGGAUUUUGUGUGCGUGCUUUGUAAAUACAGGGAGGUUUGGGACCAGAACAACACUAUGUCAUCUGAACAAUUAAAAACAGUGCAAUGAAGAUCAAGUCAUUGAAUCAUAUUCUAGUUUGUUAGAACAUUUUUAACUUUGAAUGUUAUUCUACAUUAAGGUUUCAAUGCUCUGCUUGCUCUCAUUAAUCAACAUGAGAGAGAUCUGUCCUAGAGGAUACUGGGCUAUGUGGUUGUCAUUUUUGAAGGGAUGCUAUUAAUUUAUUUUAGGCAUGGGAGAUCUGACUGACUUGGCAUCAUUGUUCAGGACCAAUGCAUAAUUUUCAGUGAUUCCAUCUACUUAACAGGUCUCUCUUCAGCCUCUGCUCCAAAUAGCCAAUGCAGCCUUUCAUAACCUAAACCUCUAUUCCAGGCAACAUGCUGGUGAAUUUCUUCUGCACUCUCCAGUGCAAUCAUGUCUGUUCCAUUGUGAGAUGAUCAGAGCUGCUCACAAAUUCUGGCUGUGGCCUAAUUGUUUAUUCUGUUUUAAAUGUUGCUCCAUGUGCUUAGAUUACUAUUCUAACUUGCUAUAUUGAUCACUUCAGUCUUGAAUACUGUUUCUCAAAGAGAAAUGGUAUAUUUGUCCUUGAUACUAAGUUACCUGACAUUCCAGCUGAGAACCCCUUAUUGAUAAUUCUACGAAUUGACCUCGGAAUUUCUCAUCUGUUUAAUUUUGUUUACCAGAUUUUAUUCAGGUUAAAAACAGUCACAAACUUUCAGUUGAGGAUUUGCAAGAAAUUCUUCUGUGUUAUUUCAAGUUAGGAAAAUAAUUUUGCCAGUUUGUGCAGAGGCUCUUCAAAGAUGAAGGUGUCUUGGAAAUGUACAUAUAUCAUUCCAACAAAAGCAAGAAUAGCAAGAAUACUUUGUACAGGUAAGAAUGUUACAUCUGCAUCAAGGAAAACACUAUUUACAGAAUGAAUGGGAAAUGAUGACAAUAGACCCACAACAGUUAAAUGGCAAUAAUAAACAUUGUUUCAAACUUAUGUGGAAAUAAUUCUGUCCUUAGCUUUGUUUGGGUCUGGUUUUAAAAACUAGAUGGCUCAAAUGUAACCAUGAUUUUCAAAUUUAUUUAUUAUGAGAAAAACCUAUCACAACAUAGUUUCACAGCUUAUUUGAUUUUAAUAUUUUCUGUCAAAAGCAGUAAAUAAUUUGACAUGGUUACAUCCAGCUUAUUAGGCAAUGUAAACUCCAAUUAGCAACAUUUUAGAGAUACUUUAUUAAUCCCAAAUUACAGUGUCUCAGUAGCCUUACAAAUGUACAGAAAUGAAUAUCGAAGAAAAGAAAGAACUUUAAAAAAAGUUCCCUCAGUCUUAAUGGGGGCGGGGGGUAUCAUCAUUUCGCCUGCUGCAGGUUGAGUCAUCAUAGAGCCUAAUAGCAGAGGGUAAAAAUGACCUCAUGUAGCGCUCCUCGGAGCAGUGCAGUUGUCUUGGUUUAUUUUGAAAGUGUUCCUCUGUUCAGCAAAGGUGGCAUGCAGAGGGUGAGAAACAUUGUCCAGAACUGCCAGGAUCCUUUGAUCUACCACAGCCUCCAGUGUGUCCAGUUUGACUCCUAUAAUAGAGCCAGCCUUUCUAAUCAGUUUGUUGAGCCUGUUGACAUUAUUCAUGUUAAUGCCAUUGCCCCAGCAUAUCACCACAUAGGAGAUUGUACUGGCAACAUCGGAUUGGUAGAACAUCUGAAGGAGAGGCCUGCAUUAACCAAAGGACCUGCCUCCUGAGAAAAUAGAGGUGACCCUGGCCCUUCUUGUACAAAGCGUCUGUAUUGGUGCUGCACUCGAGUCUGUCAUCCAGGUGCACCACCAAGUACCUGUAGGUCCUCACCACAACCACGUCCUCAC